CAGUAGGCGUAUGGUCGUCAGUACGAUUUUGCACGCGAUAUCUGGAAAAUCUAAACCCGAGGGUAACUUCUCGUGUUCACGUCAUGUACGCUCGUACGAUAUUCCUUUUGAACGCGAUGUGUAUGGCGUUAGCCGCGGACAAGCCGAUUCCCAUCAUCAGUCAAAGCCAAGACAUCAGCCCGGACGGCAGUUUCUCGACGAAAUGGGAGACCGGGAAUGGGAUCUCCGUUCAAGAGGAAGGUAUCUUAAAAAAUGCUGGCCAGAAGGACGCAGAGGCCGAAGAGGUCCGUGGCUCGGCCUCGUGGACCGCGCCAGACGGCACCAAAAUUAACCUCGGUUGGCUGGCCAACGAAAAUGGAGCCACUUUCGAUGGUGCGCAUUUACCAACGCCACCACCGCCACAGCCGAUACCACCGCAAAUCCAACGCGCCCUCGACUGGAUAGCCGCCCACCCCGACAAAGACGCGAAGAAUAGAUUGUAAUUUUGCAUGACGUUCCAUUUCGGCGAGAUAACAUUUUACGAACGUAUCCGGCGCGAGAUCGCGUCCUCUUCUCAAAACGGUCCGGAGGCUGAGCCUUUAACGCUGCCUUCGCAGGAACGCACAUUUCAGAAUUGUUUGCACCGCGUGUCCCGGAAAAUUCAUCUUUCCGCUCUGACUGAAAUCGUUAUUGUAAGCAAUGCUUGCUUCCCCGACGCUCCCAGUUUUUGUUAUUCUGUCAUAAGUAGACUGCGGAUUUUUAUGCGAAAUAAAAUUUGCCUGCAUGGAUUUUUCGAUACUGGAGCUACGUAGACGUUUUAUAACUUUAACGAGCUCAAAAUAAGAUAACGGUUGUUUCAAAUUCUUUAAAUGUUUCUAUAAUCAUUCUUUAAACCGCGUUUCGCAUUUGAUCUACACCGUUUUGUAGUCAAAUUCGCAGUCCAGUCGUAAGUGUUCCACAUUUAGGGUUAACUUGUCAUGUGAGAGUGGAAUAAAUUCUUUAACUAUA